AGGGCAAUUGUAUACCUGAUUUCGAAUGUGAGGAAUGUUCUGUGUGCUCGGCAGUUGCAAAAAAAGAUUGGCAGAUGUUUAUCCUCCUUGUUCUACGUACGAGCAGUUCAUUAAUCGAUGUAUCUUCUCACAUCAGAAACCUUCAACAAAUUUGCAUUCCUGUGAACAAGUAACCAUUUACCCCCUCUCUCCCAGUAUAUGUGGCGUUGUUUUAUUCAUUGUGUCUUUUCACAAGUGCAGCAAAAGAAACCCAACAGUCUUGCAUUAUUUCGAAGGACAAGAGUUGAGACUCGUAUUGGGUUCCAAGCGAUUUCUUUGCCCCCCAAGCGAUUUCUCUGGGGGCAAAGCCUCACAGUUGUUCUUUGCCAAAAAUAAGUGGGUCUGUUUUCGAGAUUCGAUGUUGAAUAGAGGGUUAGAGGGCUAUAGAUUGCUAUCGCACCACGGAGUCGGAUUAGGUUCGUUCCAAGCCUGGUCGUCAGCGGUCCUGCGGACCGUGCACGUGAAAGUUAUUUGUGCAUUCGUCGACGUUUGGCUGAAUAGCGAAAGCCGGCAACCUCAUCAUGAGAGUUAUUCGGCUUGCAACGAACCUGGAGUCGGAUUGUGGCGGAUGUGUGCGGAUGCUGCUGAGCUACUUGACCUGUGAAUAGAAUUUCGAAACAAGCACCCCAUGUGAGACCUACUUGGGAAUGGAGAAGCCAAAGGCCCCCUCCGAACCAGACGAAGGAGGCUCACAUACGUCCCGGAGGUGUCGAAGCACGAUCCUGGUCUCAGCGCUACCUGCAACUACACUUGCUACAUUUCUCAGUGGCUCUAUCAUUUCACAUUGAUUACAGCCUCAGCUGUUC